AUGAAGACGACGACGACGACGACGACAAAAUCCUAUUUUUUCCUUCUCGUCGUCGUUCUCUUUUGUUCCUUUCCUUUUCCCUCCCUGGGAAGGAAGUUGUUGUUAAAAUCAUCAUCAGAAGACGACGAAGGAGUUGGAGGUUUCGUUUUUGAGAGUUUCAACAACGGGUGGAGGCGUGCACUGCUCGAUACCGAUGAUGUUGGUGAUGCUACCACUACUACUACCACUUUUUCUUCUUCGAGCAACAGCGAAGCACUCGAACCAAAGUAUUCUGCCACAAACCCGAUGGAUUUGUUCGGAGCGGGCGCGACGUUUCCAGCGGUGGCGUAUAAAUCGUGCGCCCGAGCGUACUCGUUGAUAAAACCGUCCGUGAGAGUGAAGUACCUUGACGUCGGAUCGGGGAAAGGGAUUUGUAGAAUCCUGAACGCAACCACAGAGUGUGUAGAUACUGAAGAACCGUUAGAGGUGGACUUUGCGUGCUCGGAUUCUUUAAUCAGUGCGAGUCAAUACAGUGAGUUUCCGGACGUGCAGAUGUAUCCCGUCGUGGCGGGCGCGGUGACGCCGGUGUAUAAUUUACCCAUGAUCGAUAGCGUGAUGGGUAAAAGUUCUUUAGUAUUAACGAAAGAAACUUUGAGCUUAAUUUACGCCGGGGUGAUAACGAAGUGGAACGACGAAAGAAUCAAGAGCGCGAAUCAACUCAGCAUUCAGAGUCUCCUUCCGGAUGAGAAUAUAUUAGUGUCGGUGAGGAAAGAUUCGUCAGGGACGACGGAAGCGUGGACGAAAGCUUUAAGUCAAUUUUCCAAUACGUUUAAAGAUAACAUAGGCGCGUCAAAGUUACCUUCAUGGGGAGCGCAGAUAGAGAGUAGCGUUUUAAACGAGCUAGAUACUGGAUAUGGUCUGGCGAGUUUUGUAAAAGGGAAAGAGUAUUCUAUCGGGUACGUGGUGUUGUCUGAUGCGAUAAAUUUACAGUUGAGUACGAUUGGACUUUUGGAAAGUACCGCGAGCAUAAACAAUCCGGUACGCCCGGAUUCCAAUUCAAUCACGUUAGCUAUUUUGCAAAGAGGGUUACAGUUUGGGAAUAACGAGGACGAAUCGACGAGACUCACCGCGGAUUUGAUGGGCGCGGACGACCCAGGAGCGUGGCCGAUUGCGACGUAUUCGUAUCUGAUUCUCAGAAAAGGGGUGAAUUCGACCGCAAAUAUGGCUUUAGAUCGUCUCAGAGUUGGUGCAACGUGUGAUAACAUGAGAGAAACAUUGGAUUUUUGGUCGUGGUUUUUAACUUCGCCGUUGGCGAAAACUGUCAUGGAGACCAAUUCUUUAGUCCAAGUUCCCGCGGUGGUGAGAAACUUUGUCUUGGCUCGAAUGCAAGGAGAUUUAUUUUGCGAAGGAGAUAGAUUAGUGAGUAUAUAUGGUAACGAGACCAAUUCGUUAGAUAACGUAACGAUUGCCAAAGUCUACGGACCUCAGGAGGUCGCAACGGUGUUGGAUUCGUUGGCGAUUUUACUCUCGGCGAGUAACUCGAGCAUGGGUUUAGAAAUUGAGUCACUCGGCGCUCAAAACGCCAUGUUUGCCGCGCUUGAUGAUAGCCAUGCAUCCGUGUUAGCUUUGAAUUAUGUCGAAGGCGACGUGAUCUCGAUAACUGAGCCUGCUGCUGCAGUUAAUUCAAAUAUAUUUAGCAACGCGGAAGCGCCGAUAUACCCCUCGCCGUUGCCUUCUGAUUUCCCGGAGUACAUUUCGUUUCCGUUCGUGAAAAUAUUACCAGAAAUGACCGUGCACCCGAGCGUUCUAACUUUAGGCGAAACGAGUACGUCGAUAUCGUUUGAUGUCUAUUCUACCGCGGCUAUAUUAUCCGGUCGUGCGACUACUUGGGGCGACGAAAGUAUCGUAAGAAUAAACUCAUGGUUGAGCGGCGUCACAGAACCGAUUAUUUUAGUUGGAUUAGACGAUUGGACGGCGUUUGAAACAUUUGAAAGUAUUAAGAAGACGAUUGCCUCUUCCGUUCCUGGCUUUGCAUUUUCGAGUAAUCCGACAAAAAAUGCGGCGACGUUGAAUGAAGUUGGCGCUCUCGUUGUUGCGAACGAGUACGCGGCUUCGCUUUUGCUAAAGACGGCGUACGUGACAAGAAACCAAAACUUAAUUUUGCAGUAUAACAUUGACGAAGUUGGAUCCGUACCCGUUUCAGUCACUUUAAGGAGAAGUUACGAUGGUGCGCAGUGCUUACGAAGCUCUGGCGCGUACGAUAAAGUAUACGCACAGCUGCGCUUCUGGGAAUGGGUGUAUACUGAAGAUAACGUCCCUGGUAUGAUUUCGAGCGUCACGGCUGAACCGAAUUUCGAUGCUACGAGUUCUUUGGAAAUUUUGACUGCCUUGAGAUCCAUCACGUGCAAUGGUAGCCCUAUUUUAGUCUCAACGAUACCGGUAAAUCGGUCGGAUCAGAACAUUUUGAUUGUCGUCGUGACGACGUCGCUCUUUGUCAUUCUCCUCAUCUUUCUCUGGUUGUUUCGAUUUCGAGAGGAUGCGAUCUUCGCCAAAGGUUUCUUUGAACGAUACAAAAAACGAAACGCACCACCGUCUGAAGCGUGCACAAUAGUCGUCACAGAUAUACAGUCAUCUACGAAACUGUGGGAAAUCGCUCCAGUGACAAUGAACAAAGCGCUCGCGGCGCAUGAUUUGCUUGUCAGACAAGAGAUGCAAAAGUUUUACGGAUACGAGGUUUUUUCCGAAGGUGAUUCGUUCACGAUGGCGUUUCAUACACCCGGCGAUGCCUUAAAAGCAUGUGCAAAUAUUCAGAGUCGAUUACAGGCGAGUGUUUGGGACCGAUCGUUAUUCCUUGCGUGUAGACACAUCUAUCGAGCAGACGACGCCGAAUCGCAGACUACCAUUCCGAGACCAAGAAGAGUUCCCGCAUUUCUCCGAGCGCUUCUCGAAGCACGCGGGGUUUCGAUGAAAAGUGGCAGUGAUAAAGAGGGUAUAAUCAAAAGUAAAAGCGAUGAAGAAUUGACGAACGGCGAUAGAGCCAAUAGCAACGAGAGUAGCAAAGCCGGAGGAACAGAACAUCACUCCGGGCGCACGGAAGAGGAGGAAGAAAUUAUCAACGGUUUACGCGUUCGAAUGGGUAUCCAUACCGGAGCCACGAAUAGAUACGUUCAUCCAACGACUAGAAGGCAAGUCUAUGAAGGGAAAGCGGUUGAAUUAGCGCGGUUGAUGUGUCGCGCGGCAAAUGGAGGUCAGAUUUUAAUGUCCGGCGACGUUUUAGCUUCGCUUGGUCCCGACAGUUUGCAAAUUUCCCAAAUGCUCCAACUCAUGCACAUGGGAAAACAUCAAUUAGAUAUGGGGUAUUGGAACAGACACGGAAGCUUAACCGAUACUCGCUUGUCAGGAGGAGGAGGAGGAGCGGCUAGUGGGAUGGAUGGCGGCGAUGACAUUCAGAACUUGAGAGAGAGUUUAUUCCCAAACGUCGACAAUCUCAAGAACCCAAUUUUCUUGGAUUCAGAAUCCGACACCACCGAUGGUUCGAGCGAAUACGAACAGUACAAAGCAGCCACGAGUGCAAAAUUACAAGCGCUUCGACGAAUGAUCACAUCUUAUGACCACAAGAUCAUCUCUCAAGAAAUUAUUCAAGCCAUCCCGAAGAAACUCGUGGAACGGAUCACGUUGUUCGCGCCGAUCAAGACCGUACGCCAGCUCGAACCUUCCAUUUUUGAAGCUCCCGUUUUUGAAUCGGAAAACCUAACCAUCGUAUUCACGAGAAUCGACGGAUGGGAAGAGCUUGGAAGAGAAGACGUGAAAAUGCGAGAUAAGGCGACGGCGCAGCACGAUGCUGUGAUACGGUCUACGCUUCUCUCCUUUCGUGGGUACGAGUGCCGAGGCGAAAACGGCAAAUUUUUCAUCGCGUUUCAUCAUCCUUUCGACGCUUUUCGAUGGUGUUUGGUUGUUCAAACGAUUUUACUUCGCGUGCCCUGGGAAGACAAGUUGCUUCAACAGCCGCAAGCGUGUAACAUGACCGCCGGUCACAGAGUGACAUUCAAAGGUUUACGCGUUACUAUGGGCAUCGUUUCUGGCGAGGCGACGUUUAUGAAACCGUGUCAACGAACCGGACGAGCGGAAUAUUUUGGACAAGUUUUAAAUUUGAGCGCUCGAGUCGCGGGUCUCGCACACGGUGGUCAAACCUUGUGCGAUAAGAACACGUGGAAAAAAGCAGCCGAAGUGGGCUUCCCGCACGAGCAUUCCAGAUACAUUGGUCUUUACAGUUUGCGAGGCGUCAUGGAUCCAGUUGGUUUGGUACAGGUCUCCGACGCUAGUUUGAACAUGCGUUCGUUUGCAUCAGUUAAAGGUGCUCAAAAAGUAAUCGACCCGACAGAUAAGUUCAGACUGAGCAUUAAGGAUUUAGAAACAGAACGCAUAGAUCGUCCUUUGAGUUAUAUAGGCGACUUGGAUCAAACAUUGUCGCACAGGCGCUCGUCAGCUCCUACGCCGCCACCACCGCUGAAUUAUUCUCUGGAUGGAUUUGCUGGAAAGUCGCGAAAUAGUACAAAUCCUUCGCCGAAAAUCUCAAGCAAUAGUGGCACUAACGUAAGGAACUCACGCGUCAGCGACACAUCAUCUACGGGCGGCGGAGAAUCUACCGCUGGGAGCUCCGAUGUAGUUGUACCCAAGAAGAACAUUUUACUCGUUUCUUCGAGUGAUGUUGCCCUCUUUCGAAUGGCUGCGCUAGUAGAAACCGUCGUCGCCGGCGACGAACACUUCUUUAUCUCGCGCUCGAAGAAUUCGACGGAAGUUUUGAAAAAGUUCUCAUUAAAUAUGGACAGUAGUGGCGACACGUUAGGAACGAAUGUAAUUGACUCUGACGAUAGUCACUUGAGAGAUACAAUUCCUAUCAUAGUCAUCAUUGUUGGAACGAUUGAAUCAGGAACGUCCUUGCGCGACUUGGUACAAAAGAUUCGAAGACUUGUACCGUUUACGUUACAACCUAAAAUUGCGGUGUUGCUGACGGAUGAAUCAAGUAUCAUCGACGGUGUUGCAAGUUCUCCGGUUGAAUACGGUGCCGAUAUAGAGCUCCCACCUUUGUUAUUCGUCGACGAAGACGAAGAAAUGACACCACUGGUUGACGAGUUAAAAUUGAUAUUCACCGAAGCCAUGGUUGAAGUGCACGGAUCAUUACGAAGCUCGUCGCGAAAUUCGCUUUUACGUCAUCAUCAACAGCAUCAUCAACAGCAACAACAGAAGAUAUCCGACGCGUCGAACGUUGACGAAAGAAUGUCGUCUAUGAGGUACUCUGGUGGAAGCGGCGUCGCUCCUCUGACACAAGUUGCGACGAAAACGAAAAAAAUCUCGAAAAACAACACCAACACGAACAAUAGUAACGUUAUACCAUCAGCCUCUGCGAGUACUCCUGCUAUCAUCAACCCGCUAUCGAACCUUUUACGAGAGGCUGAGAACAGAUCGAAAAAUUUAUCGAAUUUUGCCUCGGCAAAUUUAAUGGUGGCUGGUUUAGAAGCUACUGGAUUACCGAUAUUCGCGGUCGAUACCGAUGCGAGAAUCAUUCUGUGCACGAAAAAAGGCUUCGCGAGAGGCAUCGUUGGGACGAUGGUCUUCCCUCUCAGCUCGUUUGCUAAGCGCCUUAGAGAUUCGGCGCGCAUUGCUGAGAGAACCAAUCCACCGCUGCCGUGGACAGAAAAGUUGACAAAGAAUUGGAUACCGUUGGACGAAGACGACAGCUAUGACAAAACCGCUUCGAUGCCACAACCAACCAGUCCAGAAAAGAAGUCGGUAUUGAAAAGACUCGCAUCUUCUUCUUCUUCUGCGGUUGAACAGCAACGACGACAACAACAACAAGAUAUAAUCACCGUGCGCUGUACUCCAAUACGUUUAUCGGAUGACUUCGGUGCCGUCAUCGUCCUCAUCAAAGACUAG